AUGGGGACCACCAGCGUUUCAUCUGCGGUAGCAACGACUGGACGCACCUCAGCCCAAGUCACAAAGACGUCAGAGGCAACCACAGUCCAACUGAGCAGUUCAUCACGAUCAAGCCCUGAGGUUCCCAGCUCUGCUUCGGCUUCCACUACUGGGGGCACCAGUGUUUCAUCUGCGGCAACAACGACAGGACGCAAAUCAGCCCAAGUCACAAAGAGAUCAGAGGCAACCACAGUCCAACAGAGCAGUUCAUCCCCAUCAAGCCCUGAGGUUACCAGCUCUGCUUCAGCUUCUACUACUGGGGGCACCAGCUUUUCAUCUGCGGCAGCAACAACUGGACGCACCUCAGCCCAAGUCACAGAGACGUCAGAGGCAACUACAGUUCAACAGAGCAGUUCAUCACCAUCAAGCCCUGAGGUUACCAGCUCGGUGCCGGUCAGCACUCAGAGGUCUGGCUCGCCCUCCACCCUGAUGACAACUGGCCCGCGAGAGACCACCUCUUCCCCAGUCGCCACGCAGACGACUGGCAAGGCAACUGCAACAACAGGUUUCGUCUCCACAAGUUCAACUUCACAGGUGACCACUGCUUCGGCAGAAUCCACGGCGUCCACCAGUGUUGAAUCUGUGGCAGCAAUAACUGGACGCACCUCAGCCCAAGUCACAGAGACGUCAGUGGCAACCACAGUUCAACUGAACAGUUCAUCACCAUCAAGCCCUGAGGUUACCAGCUCUGCUUCGGCUUCCACUACUGGGGGCACCAGUGUUUCAUCUGCGGCAACAACGACUGGACGCACCUCAGCCCAAGUCACAAAGACGUCAGAGGCAACCACAGUCCAACUGAGCAGUUCAUCACCAUCAAGCCCUGAGGUUACCAACUCUGCUUCUACUACUGGGGGGACCAGCUUUUCAUCUGCGGCAGCAACGACUGGACGCACCUCAGCCCAAGUCACAGAGACGUCAGAGGCAACCACAGUCCAACUGAGCAGUUCAUCACCAUCAAGCCCUGAGGUUCCCAGCUCUGUUUCGGCUUCCACCACUGGGGGCACCAGUGUUUCAUCUGCGGAAACAACGACUGGACGCACCUCAGCCCAAGUCACAAAGACGUCAGAGGCAACCACAGUCCAACUGAGCAGUUCAUCACCAUCAAGCCCUGAGGUUACCAGCUCUGCUUCAGCUUCUACUACUGGGGGCACCAGCUUUUCAUCUGCGGCAGCAACAACUGGACGCACCUCAGCCCAAGUCACAGAGACGUCAGAGGCAACCACAGUUCAACAGAGCAGUUCAUCACCAUCAAGCCCUGAGGUUACCAGCUCGGUGCCGGUCAGCACUCAGAGCUCCGGCUCGCCCUCCACCCUGAUGACAACUGGCCAGCGAGAGACCACCUCUUCCCCAGUCCCCACACAGACGACUGGCAAGGCAACUGCAACAACAGCUUUCGUCUCCACAAGUUCAACAUCACAGGUGACCACUUCUUCAUCUGCAACCAGGGCGUCCACCAGUGUUGAAUCUGCGGCAGCAAUAACUGGACGCACCUCAGCCCAAGUCACAGAGACGUCAGAGGCAACCACAGUCCAACUAAGCAGUUCAUCACCAUCAAGCCCUGAGGUUACCAGCUCUGCUUCAGCUUCUACUACUGGGGGCACCAGCUUUUCAUCUGCGGCAGCAACAACUGGACGCACCUCGGCCCAAGUCACAGAGACGUCAGAGGCAACCACAGUUCAACAGAGCAGUUCAUCACCAUCAAGCCCUGAGGUUACCAGCUCGGUGCCGGUCAGCACUCAGAGCUCCGGCUCGCCCUCCACCCUGAUGACAACUGGCCCGCGAGAGACCACCUCUUCCCCAGUCGCCACGCAGACGACUGGCAAGGCAACUGCAACAACAGGUUUCGUCUCCACAAGUUCAACUUCACAGGUGACCACUGCUUCGGCAGAGUCCACGGCGUCCACAGGUGUUUCAUCUGCGGCAGCAAUAACUGGACGCACCUCAGCCCAAGUCACAGAGACGUCAGAGUCUUCCACAGUCCAACUGAGUAGUUCAUCACCAUCAAGCCCUGAGGUUCCCAGCUCUGCUUCAGCUUCUACUACUGGGGGCACCAGCGUUUCAUCUGCGGCAGGAACGACUGGACGCACCUCAGCCCAAGUCACAGAGACGUCAGAGGCAACCACAGUCCAACUGAACAGUUCAUCACCAUCAAGCCCUGAGGUUACCAGCUCUGCUUCUGCUUCUACUACUGGGGGAACCAGCUUUUCAUCUGCGGCAGCAAUGACUGGGCGCACCUCAGCCCAAGUCACAGAGACGUCAGAGGCAACCACAGUCCAACAGAGCAGUUCAUCCCCAUCAAGUCCUGAGGUUACCAGCUCUGCUUCGGCUUCCACCACUGGGGGCACCGGCGUUACAUCUGUGGCAGCAACGACUGGACGCACCUCAGCCCAAGUCACAGAGACGUCAGAGGCAACCACAGUUCAACAGAGCAGUUCAUCACCAUCAAGCCCUGAGGUUACCAGCUCGGUGCCGGUCAGCACUCAGACCUCUGGCUCGCCCUCCACCCUGAUGACAACUGGCCCGCGAGAGACCACCUCUUCCCCAGUCGCCACUCAGACGACUGGCAAGGCAACUACAACAACAGGUUUCGUCUCCACAAGUUCAACUUCACAGGUGACCACUUCUUACUCUGCAUCCACGGCGUCCACCAGUGUUGAAUCUGCGGCAGCAAUGACUGGGCACACCUCAGCCCAAGUCACAAAGACGUCAGAGGCAACCACAGUCCAACUGAGCAGUUCAUCACCAUCAAGCCCUGAGGUUACCAGCUCUGCUUCAGCUUCUACUACUGGGGGCACCAGCUUUUCAUCUGCGGCAGCAACAACUGGACGCACCUCAGCCCAAGUCACAGAGACGUCAGAGGCAACCACUGUUCAACAGAGCAGUUCAUCACCAUCAAGCCCUGAGGUUACCAGCUCGGUGCCGGUCAGCACUCAGAGCUCUGGCUCGCCCUCCACCCUGAUGACAACUGGCCCGCGAGAGACCACCUCUUCCCCAGUCGCCACUCAGACGACUGGCAAGGCAACUGCAACAACAGGUUUCGUCUCCACAAGUUCAACUUCACAGGUGACCACUUCUUCAUCUGCAUCCACGGCGUCCACCAGUGUUGAAUCUGCGGCAGCAAUAACUGGACGCACCUCAGCCCAAGUCACAGAGACGUCAGUGGCAACCACAGUCCAACUGAGCAGUUCAUCACCAUCAAGCCCUGAGGUUACCAGCUCUGCUUCAGCUUCUACUACUGGGGGCACCAGCUUUUCAUCUGCGGCAGCAACAACUGGACGCACCUCAGCCCAAGUCACAGAGAUGUCAGAGGCAACCACAGUUCAACAGAGCAGUUCAUCACCAUCAAGCCCUGAGGUUACCAGCUCGGUGCCGGUCAGCACUCAGAGCUCUGGCUCGCCCUCCACCCUGAUGACAACUGGCCCGCGAGAGACCACCUCUUCCCCAGUUGCCACGCAGACGACUGGCAAGGCAACUGCAACAACAGGUUUCGUCUCCACAAGUUCAACUUCACAGGUGACCACUUCUUCAUCUGCAUCCACGGCGUCCACCAGUGUUGAAUCUGCGGCAGCAAUAACUGGACCCACCUCAGCCCAAGUCACAGAGACGUCAGUGGCAACCACAGUUCAACUGAGCAGUUCAUCACCAUCAAGCCCUGAGGUUACCAACUCUGCAUCUGCUUCUACUACUGGGGGGACCAGCUUUUCAUCUGCGGCAGCAACAACUGGACGCACCUCAGCCCAACUCACAGAGACGUCAGAGGCUUCCACAGUCCAACUGAGCAGUUCAUCACCAUCAAGCCAUGAGGUUCCCAUCUCUGCUUCGGCUUCCACUACUGGGGGCACCAGUGUUUCAUCUGCGGAAACAACGACUGGACGCACCUCAGCCCAAGUCACAAAGACGUCAGAGGCAACCACAGUCCAACUGAGCAGUUCAUCACCAUCAAGCCCUGAGGUUACCAGCUCUGCUUCAGCUUCUACUACUGGGGGCACCAGCUUUUCAUCUGCGGCAGCAACAACUGGACGCACCUCAGCCCAAGUCACAGAGACGUCAGAGGCUUCCACAGUCCAACUGAGCAGUUCAUCACCAUCAAGCCCUGAGGUUACCAGCUCUGCUUCAGCUUCUACUACUGGGGGCACCAGCUUUUCAUCUGCGGCAGCAACAACUGGACGCACCUCAGCCCAAGUCACAGAGACGUCAGAGGCAACCACAGUUCAACAGAGCAGUUCAUCACCAUCAAGCCCUGAGGUUACCAGCUCGGUGCCGGUCAGCACUCAGACCUCUGGCUCGCCCUUCACCCUGAUGACAACUGGCCCGCGAGAGACCACCUCUUCCCCAGUCGCCACGCAGACGACUGUUAAGGCAACUGCAACAACAGGUUUCGUCUCCACAAGUUCAACUUCACAGGUGACCACUGCUUCGGCAGAGUCCACGGCGUCCACAGGUGUUUCAUCCGUAUCAUCAAUAACUGGACGCACCUCAGCCCAAGUCACAGAGACGUCAGAGGCCACCACAGUCCAAAUGAACAGUUCAUCAACAUCAAGCCCUGAGGUGCCCAGCUCGGCAUCUAUUCAGCCAUCGUUUUCCAGUUCUGCAACUACUUCCACUGGACAGACCUCCACACAGGCUGCAGAAGUUUCCACUCAAAGUAUAACCCCAAGAACUUCACCACCUCAAAGUGCAUCUGUCACCUUAACCUCUCCUACAUCGGCAACAACUCCUUCAUGUCAAGAGGAGGAUUGUCAGUGUAAUGGUGCACCCUGUUCUUACAAUGCCACACUGGGAAGAUGCCAGUGUGACUGCAAUGAAAAUCUCACUUAUGGAAACUUUUGUCAGUAUGGUUUCAAUGAAACCAGUGUUAUUUUAGAUAAUGAUGCCAUUCCCCCCCGGAAGGCAAACAUCAUGCUGAGAAUAAUGAGGGAGUUUAAUUUGACAGCCUCAGAAAUAGAGGCCCUUGAGGACAUCCUGGAAGAAGAGCUCACACCUCUUUUCAGACAAGCUGAUCCUCUGAGUUUCAAGGACUUCAGAAUCUUAAGCUUAAGGAGAGGGAGUAUUAUUGCAGAAGGUGUGGCACAAUACAACUAUCACAACAGUGAAUCGCAAGUAAACUUCCUUAAUAACCAGUUGGAACCCAUACUACAAAGUAUCGUAACUGAACCAGGAGCUUUCAAAAACCUGAGUGAAGCUCUUAAAAAUGUGGACAUUGAAGAUCCAAGAAUCACAAUGGCAGACAUUGUAAUAAAGAACCUCACUGAUCUGAAGCCAUACAUCACCUGCAGCCUCCGUUUUGGCAACUACUCACCAGAGAUCUCCGAUGGACGCUGGAUGUGUUUGGGACCUUGUCUCACGAAUCCCAAUUACUGUAAUCGACAUGGAGACUGUUUAAAUGAAAACAGCGGACCAGUUUGCCAGUGUUAUGAGUCCUUCCUGGAGACGUAUUACGGGCCACAGUGUGAGUUCUACCGCAGGGGAGCCGGGUUCUAUGCCGUUCUCUUCGGGAGCCUGUCAGCAGUCCUUCUCCUGCUCAUCAUCAUUGUCAUAGUGGCUGUGGUUCUACACAGAGGCCGAGGCAGAUCAUGGUUUACAGACAAGAGACUCACAAGUUUUGAAUCCUUCGAUGAAGACUCCUUUGAUUUUUCAAGUAGAGGACAUUUUAGAAAUUUGGUCCGACUUCCAGGAAGACAAGCCGGAGUGUACAGUAUUGACAGCAACAUGUCUGUGUCAGAUGAAACCAGUCCAGGAAUAUUUAGACCACAGUUAGAUAUGGUUGAUACAGCACACAGAAUGAGGAUAAAACGACCAGAAGUGAUAUCAACUAUGAAUUAAACCUCCAAAAGCCAGCAAGGACAUAAAGAUCUUUGCCUGAAGCAUUUCUGCCUAAGAAACCCCUCUUUCACUUUCAUACUAUUCUUAUUGUUGUUGUUGUUGUUGCAAUUGUUAAAAAGGAAAAGUUAAUUUUUUUAAAUAUUUUUAACAAUAAAUGUUUGUAAAAACCACUGAAAACACAUUUACAAAACCACUCUAUUACCACAAGAUACACAAUUGUACACCAAUUACACAACGGAAGCCUGAACUCAAAAUGCAUGAUGCUGGUUGCUGGCAUGUUUUUUUCUCCUGUUUUCGGUAAAUUAUAGUAUGAGAACAAACUUGUUCACAGUCACUCAA